AUGGUCAGUCAAUCAGAGCUUCCCAAGAGUAGGGAGAGGGAGCUUUGGACUGACUGACAGACAUUGGUCGGGGAGAGGGAGCUUUGGACUGACUGACAGACAUUGGUCAGGGAGAGAGGUAGAGUCUAUCCAGGGAAAUUCCUGCGAUACAGUGGCGAGGGAGUCUUUGAAUAUCCUUCACUUUGAGGCAACGGUUCUACAGAUUCACAUGAAUAAGGCAACCCCUUGAUGAGAAAACCCCUUGACUUAUAGGCACCUCCACAGCAGAGAGUUUAUCCCUCUGCCCCAGCCUUUCCUUGAAAACGGUCAUUUUUUGAAGUGGUCUACUAUCAGUUUCUCUUCAACCAACAAAGACAAUUGCCCUCCCCUCCACCUGAAGGCAACUUCCAGCCCAAAAUGCCUCUUGUCCCAUCCUUCCUCCUCCUGCUCCUCGCCUGCCCUGCCCUCCUGACCCCGUCAGGUUCACAGAGCCUGCAGACUGGGGAUCAAAGGGCACCCAGGGACACAAAGACAGAGGGUGGUGGGCAGCCAAUCAAAGUGGUGAUCUCUGAGGCGUGUGUUCAGGGGGACUCCAGUCAGACCCAGGGCAAGGAACUGGACCUUGAGCCUGGUUCUCCUCUAGUCCUUACCUAUCGAAUCCGACUGGUUCCAGGGUCGUGCGGAGGCGGGUGCGAGGCCGAGUUUGCUGCCCUGCGAGACCGUCUGGAGAGGCUGGAGAAGGAGGUGUCGUCAUUGAGGGAGAAGUGUGGAGGCCCAGAGGGGGGCUGCUGCACGUCCCAACAGAGCAAAGGUGCUGAGUGCUCCAUAAAGCCGGAGGGAGACGAGUGUCCUAAUGAGUGCAGUGACCAGGGACGCUGUGAGGACGGCAAGUGUGUCUGCUUCCCAAGGUUUAGUGGACCCGACUGCAGUUUGUCUGACUGCCCCGGCAACUGCAAUGACAAAGGAAAGUGUGUGAAUGGCCAGUGUGUGUGCGACCCAGGUUUCACAGGGCCAGACUGCUCUUCAGAGUCCUGUCCUGGAAACUGUAACAACAAGGGGCGAUGUGUGAACGGCCAGUGUGUGUGCGACCCAGGUUUCACAGGGCCAGACUGCUCUUCAGAGUCCUGUCCUGGAAACUGUAACAACAAGGGGCGAUGUGUGAACGGCCAGUGUGUGUGCGACCCAGGUUUCACAGGGCCAGACUGCUCUUCAGAGUCCUGUCCUGGAAACUGUAACAACAAGGGGCGAUGUGUGAACGGCCAGUGUGUGUGCGACCCAGGUUUCACAGGGCCAGACUGCUCUUCAGAGUCCUGUCCUGGAAACUGUAACAACAAGGGGCGAUGUGUGAACGGCCAGUGUGUGUGCGACCCAGGUUUCACAGGGCCAGACUGCUCUUCAGAUUCCUGUCCUGGAAAUUGUAACAACAAGGGGCGAUGUGUGAACGGCCAGUGUGUGUGCAACACUGGCUUCACAGGCCCAGACUGCUCUACCAAGGCAUGUCCUGGAAACUGCAAAAACGGGGGGAAGUGUGUGAAUGGUAAGUGUGUGUGUCAUAGUGGUUUUACGGGGCCAGACUGCUCUACCAAGUCCUGCCCUGGCAACUGCAGCAACCGUGGAAAGUGUGUGAAUGGCCAAUGUGUCUGCGACAGCGGCUUUACGGGGCCGGACUGUUCCGCCAAAGCGUGUCCCAAUAACUGCAGCAACAAGGGAAAUUGCGUGAAUGGGAAGUGCGUGUGUGAAGUGGGCUUCAGUGGACAGGACUGCGCCGCUAAGGGCUGUCCCGAUAACUGCAGCAACAAAGGGCGCUGCGUGAAGGGGAGGUGUGUGUGCCGCCGUGGUUUCGCCGCCCCAGACUGCAGCCAGUGUGAAGCUGGGUUCACUGGAGCUGACUGUGGCACCGCCAUGUCUGGUGUGUCCCAGCUCAACACCAAGGACAUCACUGAAUCCUCUGUUACCCUCUUCUGGACCCCACCUCCAGUCCAGUAUGACACCUACCACGUCACCUUCGCCAGCCAGAAAGAGGGCGAUCAACAGAUAACAUCUCAAGUUGGAGGGAAGCUCGUGACCUACACCCAAACAGGGCUGGCGGCCGGGCAAGAGUACACAGUGACAAUCAAGGGAGAAAUAAAUGGGAGAAUGGGCACUGAGAGCACAGCAGAAUUCACAACCCUUAUCUCUGGACCCACAAACCUUCAAGUUGUGAAGACAACCACAACAUCUGCAGUUGUCCAAUGGGAACAAUCGCAAGGAGACAUCGACAGGUAUCGCUUAACUGUUGCACCCAAUCAGACAGACGGAACAGCCAAGGGAAGACAAGACCUGACCCUGCCCCCUGAGAGGGACUCUGCCCAGAUUGACGGUUUGGACCCGGGGCAUUUGUAUGACAUUACACUAGUGGCUGAAAAAGGCAGGAUCAAGAGCAAGCCAGCAACAGUCCAAGUCACACCUGGAAGAUCCACAAAGACAAUAUCCAGGGUGACCAUGGACACUGUGACCAUACAGGUAGCACCAGGAGUAGAAAGCCAUGAUGAAGACCCAGCAGGGAAUACAAAGCCUGUGAAGGCCAUCUUCUACUCAAAGGCCAAUGGUGAAGAACCAGAGCGUGGAAAGAAUAGCAGUGGACCAGGCUCUGUAACAGUCAAAGGCACCAAUGGAACCAAAGAGGUCCCAUCUGUUACAACCAGCACAAGACCACUUGUCAACACAAAAUACAGGGUUGUACAUAAACCAGGUGAUAGAAUAACCUUGCCCAGGAAGCCAUACAUUGGAGGCUCUAUCCGUUUCAAUGGUACAAGAGUAGGCCAGGGUGGGAGGAGAGUGGGUCACAGUCUUCUGAAAAAGCCUUCAAGCAGAAAUCCAUUGGAGGGGCCAAAGGUCAAGAAGACCUUAAAUACUGACACUAAACCAGAAAAUCCCAUUGUUGGGGACAGGACUAUAGCUAUAACUGUGAAAGACACUAAGCUGAAGACAAGUCCUCUUGGAGAAAAAGAUGGAACUUCGACAAAGACAUAUCCUGUUGGAAGCCUUCCUGAAAAUGCCACUCCGAGCUCUGGUUCUGAACAACCAACAGUGAUUCCCGGCUUAAAGGACCUACCUGAUAGAAAAAAGGGUACAGAGACUGAAACAAAUGAGCCAGGACAAGGGACAGAUGGUCUGGAGCCUACAACCACAUUAGAAAAGAAUACUACUGUUCACCUGAACGGGAAGAAAUGUGUCAACAAGAUUAAAUUGACACACAGGAAAGUCAAUGUGACCCGUAGAGAGAGAGUCAUUGGGGGGAGGGUCAAUGGCACAAUAGUUAAAAGUAAACCCACAACAGAGCAGGGGUUUGCUGAAAAAGAGGACAGUGCCCUAAAAGUGUCUGAAACAAGACAUUCCAAGACUACAUUUCCUGAGCGCAACCUGUUAAUUCACACACAGAGAAAAGCAGAUGACAUUGCUCCACACACCACACAAAGUCCUACAUAUUCAACUUUCUCUUCACCUUCACCAGUAUCACCUACUUCCUACAUGUCACUUAUUUCAGCUCCUGCAAAACUUGAUGAAUCAAUGACCGGUAUCGGUCAACCCAUGGCUGACAGAGAUGUGGUGAAUACAAAGACUUUGCCUGUUCCCCAAUCCCAAUCCUCUAACCUACCUCCAGAAGGGGAACCAACAUCCUCCAGCGAAUCAGAACAAAAUGGCAAUAGACCAUCUCCUUCCAACUCUGAGGACUCAUACUCAGAUAAAGUGAAUGUUGCUGUAGCAGAUGUGGGUAUCAGCAGAGAUGGAGAGAAAACAACUGACGUGGGAUUGUUUGGAACCAAACAAAACAAGACAAAGACUUUGAGAGUGGGUGGCACACCACCUUUUCGACGCCUACCUCCAAAGGGGCCCUACCAACGCCGCCCAAACCUAAAUAUGAGACCAUUCCAAAACAGGACACGUUCACCUUCUUCAGCUCCCACAAAACAAAAUGAAUCAAAGACCGGUAUGGGUCAACCCAUGACUGACAGACAAGUGGUGUUUGCAAAGACAUUGCUUAUUUCCCCAGCCCAAUCCUCAACCCUCCAUCCAGAUGCUCAGCCAGAGAGGGCACCAACAUCAUCCAGUGAAUCAGAACAGAGUGGCAAAGAAGACUAUUCAUCAUCUUCCUCCACUUCAGAGGAAUCAGACUCUACUAAAGAAAAUGUUGCAGUGGCAGAGGAUGGUAUGAGCACAGACGGAGACAGGGCAACUUACGUGGUGUCGUCUGGAACUGAACAAAACAAGUCAAAGACUCUGACAGUGGGCGGCACACCACCCUUACGCCGUCUACCUCCUAAGUGGACUCAGCAACGCCGCCCACACCCAAAUAUGGGACCAUUCCAAAACAGGACACGAACAAACCUGAGACCCCCACAGCAUCCAUCAAGAGGCCCCAUACGCAGACCUUUCCCACCUAAACUGACAAACAGGGACAACGGCAUCAUCGUUCAAACCACUCAACCGGUGGAGCAGGGCUCCUACAGCAACAGCCAGAAUGACACAAACACAGACCGUAAGCCCAAAACUCUCCUCAAGAGAACAAAUGCCACAGCUAGUAAAAUAGCACGAAGUCAAACAUAUAUGAGAAAUAACGGUAGUUUGAGCCAAAGGGGCCAAGAUUCAAAAACAGGUCAUCAUGACAAAGGUAGCCAAGUGAGUAAGACUGCUGAUUCAAAAGACAGCCCAAACCAGAUAAAUGGAUCAGAUGCCACUACUUCUGGAAAAACAGGCCAGCCUCUAAACUCAGUGGGGGUUCAAAGCAUAACCUCAGGAGGUUUCGUACUUGUUUGGGGAGCACCAGAGGGGAUGUACAGAAAUUUCAUAGUAACCCGGGAAGAGCAUGGAAGUAAGAAUGAGGCAGAGAAAGAGGAGGAAGAGGAAGUGGAGGAGAGGGAGAGUGAGUCAGAGGAGGAUAGUGAGGAGGAAGGGGAGGGGGAGGCAAAAACUGAGAAGGAGAACAACGGGAAUGAGGAGGAAAGUGAAAUGGGGGUGAGUCAAGGUAAGGGGGGAGUGGAGGAGAACACUGUUACCAAUAGCAAAAGUGAUAACCAUAGACAGAACAGCAACAGUAAUACUUUGGCUAAAGUUGGUGACGGGGGUACAAUCAAGUUCUCCAAAGUCCUUCCAGGGUCGGCUCGCUUAUUCCCAUUCCAGAAUCUCCAUCCACAGACACGCUAUUCCCUGUCCGUGUUUGGGAAGGGUCCCGGACUACGCUCCAAAAUUCACAGAAUCAUCGUCAGCACAGGUCCAGAGCCUCCCUCAGGUCUUCUCUUCAGUGAAGUGACUGAGACGUCUCUCUCUGUGUCCUGGACCAAGCCAAAAGGUCCAGUGAGUGGCUUCAAGGUCACCUACACUCACACACAGGAAGGGGAGCCUCUCUCCGUAACAGUGGACUCUGUGGAUUCCACUCUGCCACUGACAAAGCUCUCUCCAGGGUCCUCCUAUGAGGUCAGCGUGAUAUCCGUCCUUGGACUGGACGAGAGCGAUGCAAUCAAAGACCUGGUUAUGACACUCCCUGACCCUCCAACGGAUCUCAGGGCCAUUAAUGUCACAGACACCAAGGCCUUGCUGCUAUGGCGACCAGCACUGGCAACGGUCGACCGUUACGUCAUAGUUUAUGGCUCUGAAAAAGGGUCAGAUGAUGCGAAGAUCACUGUAUCGGGCAACGCGGCGGAGCAACAGCUGAAAGGCCUGCAGGGCUCCACUAUGUACACGGUCACAGUCACCAGUCAGCUGGGCAACCUGGACAGCUCUGCCGCCAUCACCGUCUUCACCACUACCGGUGGAUCCGCGAAAGUCGGGGAAGUCCCGCGUGACCUGAAGGCCAGUCAGGUGACUCCUCGCUCAGCGUUGUUGACAUGGAAAGCACCCUCUGCCGCCGUGGGAAGCUACAAGCUGACCUAUCAAACGGAGGGACAGGAGAUGCAGGAGGUUACCAUUGACUCCACAGUAACAGAGUUCAAGUUAACCAGGCUGCAUCCCAUGUCCAAGUACACGGUGCAGCUACAGGGAGAGAGGGGGGGGAGCUACACUGCUACAAUUUCCACUGAGUUCACCACAGGGAAUCUCCGAUACCCCUUCCCAAGUGACUGUUCCCAGGAGCUGCUAAACGGGAUACAUGAGUCUGGAGAGGUGGAGAUCUUCCCCAAGGGAAAGCAGGGAAAACCAGUGUUGGUCUACUGCGACCAGGUGACUGAUGGAGGCGGCUGGACGGUUUUCCAGAGAAGGAUGGAUGGGAAAACGGACUUCUUCAGAGGCUGGAAGAACUACAGCAAAGGGUUUGGAGAACUGAGUGGGGAAUUUUGGCUGGGUAAUGACAACCUACACAAUCUAACCAGCAUGGCACCAAUGACACUACGUGUGGACCUCCGUGCAGGGGACGAAUCAGUGUUUGCCAAGUACUCUGUAUUCACAGUGGACACUGUUAGGAGGAACUAUGCUCUCAAAGUGUCUGGGUACAGCGGUACAGCAGGCGACUCUAUGAGUUACCACAACGCACGCCUGUUCUCUACCAGAGACAGAGACCCCAUGCCUUUCAUCACCCGCUGCGCCAUGUCCUAUAGAGGGGGUUGGUGGUACAAGAACUGCCACGAGGCCAACCUUAAUGGCCUCUACGACACCAGUGUGAAUCACCAGGGUGUGAUCUGGACUGCCUGGAAAGGAAAGGACUUUUCCAUCCCUUUCACUGAGAUGAAGCUCCGACCAACAUCUUUCACCCCUCCAACUCAGGGAUAAUGACAAAGUGGUGGACAGAAAAUGAGAAGGGGAGAGAGGCACAAUUUAUGAACACAGACACACAUCCAGGUAACUGCCCAAAUACAGGAAACAUCAACAUAAAGUGUCUUCAUAGGGUGUUGGGUCACCACGAGCCAGAAUAGCUUCAAUGCACCUUGGCAGAGAUUCUGCAAGUGUCUGAAACUCUAUUGGAGGGAUGCGACACCAUUCUUCCACGAGAAAUUCCAUCAUUUGGUGUUUUGUUGAUG